AUGAUCGAGAUUGCAAGAAGAUUGUUUCUUUUAGUUCUAUUUCCACGACACACCAAUAAAAAAGCACGUGACAACACCAUAGAUUUGAUCCAUACAUUCCGCGAUUAUCUGCAUUACCACAUCAAGUGCUCAAAGGUGUACAUGCAUUCGCGAAUGCGGUCAAAGACGAAUGAUUUUCUCAAGGUGCUCAAUCGUGCCCGUCCAGAAGUUAAGCUCGAAAAGAAGACGUUCAGUGGACGCUCCUAUGUACCAAGCUAG